CUUGGCAUGAAGAUGUGUUUUAGUCUACAGAAGGCUGGACCAAAUUCACUGUAAUACACUACAAAGAGAAAGAGAGAGGAUAAUCUGGCCAAAUCAUCAUUAAACCGAUAAUCCACACCAAGUACAAAGAAGAGAAAGGGGGACAAAGACUAAAGGAAGGGGGAAAAGGAUACAGAACAUCCCUUCAAAAUGGCGCAGAUCCCUCAGGUGUGGCACACCCAGGAAGAGAAAGUGGACCUGGAUAUAUUGGUGGCUGUUGGCAGCCAACCCGAGUGCUCUAUCUGCUACAACACCUACGACAACGUUUUCAAGACGCCCAAGCUGCUGGACUGUGCCCACACCUUCUGCCUCGAGUGUCUGUCACGCCUCAUGGCCAUUUCACUGGGAGAGCAGGAAGGAGGAGGCAGCAGCAAGAUCCUGUGUCCCUUCUGCCGCCACCCCACCCUCCUUACCAAGGAGGGUCCCCCGGCCCUGGCCACCAGCAGCGAGGUACUCUGUAAGCUGCCCAGCCACCAGCAGCACGAGGAGCCUGUGUGGCUGGACGGAGAGAAGCUGUGCUACAAACGGGCCCUGGAGGCCAGCCCUGAGGCCUCUAGCUCCACCUCGACCUUCUGCAUCUGCAUCGACAUAGGGGCCAGCAAAGCAGGCGAGGUCCCGGCUCAGACACGCCCCCACAACAUGGCCUUUAUGAGGCGUCUGACCAGCUGUAAGCGGCUGCUGCUCUUCAUCAUGCUGAUGGUGCUGCUUGUGGUCAUCGUGCUGUGGCCCCUGCAGUGCAUCGUCACCACGGGCAACAUGCACUGCAUGCCUCGCUCUGUGGGCUCAAUACAAGGCUCCAUCACCACCACAGCUACCCCAUUCACCAGCAUACACCAUUCCACAAAGGGAGCCUUUCAUUAAAAUACAUGUAUGUAGUAUGCCAGAUUCCACCAACGGUACCCUGGUUCACAUUCACACAGACCCCCAGAAUAAGCUCUAGUAAGAGGUUGAUCUAUGUAUCCCUUCUCCGCCACUUUCUCCUUCAGCUCCACUAAAGGGUAUCCAGCCACAGC